UAAAUUUUACUAUCUCUGUUCGAUAAUGUUAAUACAGUAAAGAAAAUCAAAAAUUAUACUAAUCGAAAAUGUUACAAGAAAGUAAUCCAGCAGCCACCACAGGUGCGAAAAACGUUUUCAUUACUUCGUUAAUCAGCAGUCAGAUUUUUAAGUCAACAUCUACACAUGCAAUUGUAAGAAAAAUAAUAUUUAAUCGACGAUAGUCAGGUGCUCUCGCAGGAACCAUGUGCGAUUUUAUAUCAUUUCCUUUGGAUACGCUUAAAACGCGAUUACAAAGUCAACAUGGUUUCUUAAAAUCUGGUGGUUUUAGACAAUUGUAUAAGGGUUUAGGCCCCGUAAUGAUAGGAUCCGCACCAUCAGCUUCGCUAUUUUUUAUAACUUAUGAAACUUUAAAAAUAAUGUUUCAACCUCAAAUACCUGAACAAUAUCACGUGUUUAUACAUAUGACUGCCGCGUCAGUCGGAGAAAUGGUUGCAUGUCUUAUUCGAGUCCCAGUAGAAGUAGUGAAACAAAGGAGACAAGCAUUUUUAAGCGAUGCCCACAAAUUACCUUUGAGAGCUUUAUAUCGUGGUUACGGAAGUACUGUGAUUAGAGAUUUACCGUUCGGUUUAAUUCAGAUGCCACUCUGGGAACAUUUUAAACUUUAUUGGAAAAAACACGUAAAACGUGAGUGCACGCCUAUGGAGGGUGCUAUCUGCGGAUCGGCGUCAGUUGCUAUAUCUGCGGCCCUAACGACACCUUUAGACGUUGCAAAAACUAGAAUAAUGUUGUCGAAUGUGACGGUAGGGAAAGAUGAAAUAAAAAUAUCCGCGAUGUUAAGCAAGGUUUACCACGAUCAUGGUUUUAAAGGACUUUUUGCAGGCUUUGUACCAAGAGUGUGUGGUUUUACUAUUAGCGGAUUCGUAUUUUUUGGUGUUUACGAAAAAGUUAAAGAAAUUUGUAUUGCGGUUUUGCCACCAUAAUGUUGUGAAAGAUACAUUUAUAAAUAUAAAUCAUGGUUAAUAUUUUGUCAAAUGAUACUACCAUAGAGUCAAAAUAGAAAGAAAAUUGAGAUAGAAGUGAAUUUCAUUUCAAAGAGAACGAGUAUUUAUGUUACAUUGAAUUUUACUCAUGACAUAGAAAAGUACAAAAUGAAAAAAUAAUUGCAUUUAUAUUUUAAUUAUUAAUAGAAAGAUAUACUGUAAUCUUUUUAUCACAAAUUUUGC